AUGACCUACACCGCCUUCUGCGGCGAUGACGGCCGCUUCGGCCCUGUCUCAACCUGCAGGGCCUUCGACUUUACGCUUCGAUUCGAGAGCAGCAUCCUGUCGUUGCUUCCCAACGCCCUCUUCGCCAGCAUCGCUCUUGGCCUCAUCCUGUACACCUUGCUCUCGCGCAGGAGAUAUGUACAGCUCUCUGCUGUCCGUCCUGCCUGCGUUCAGCAUCGCGAUGGCGGCGGCAUCCUCCUCGCGCUUCUCCAUGUCGCGCUUGUGGUCACACUCCUCAGCCUGGCUUCGCAGAAUCUGCACGAACAAGGCACUCUCCUCGUGCCAUCCCUAGCUCUAGAGACCCUGUCGGCCUUGAUCAUCGUCUGCACGUUGGCGUUCCAUCGGCCCGCACGUGCUACGCCAAUCGUCACCUUGCUCAGUGCCUUCCUCCUGUUCAGCUCGCUCUUCGCUGCGGUGCAGCUGCGCACCUUCUACUUUGUCACGGCGGCACGUCGAUCUGCAUUUCUGCCCAUCUUUGCGGCCGACUUCGGAACCAGGUGGCUGCUAUUCCUCACGCUAUCAACCAAACCCUUCGAUCCACGAAAGACAUCCGAGGAGCGAGCGAGCUUCGUCUCGAAGAUCUUCUUCAUCUACUUGCUGCCCUCGCUCUGGCGAGGAGCCAUGAAGCCGAUCGAGCUUGACAAUGUCGAGCCGCUCGCCGACUCGUAUGCGUCUCGCACUCUCGAGGCCGAGCUGUACCGUCAAUGGCACGCCAGCGCGGGAGACCCGUCGAGCCUGGGCUCCUCCGAGAAUGAGGCUCACGGAGACUUGGCGUACAUGGAUGCAGAAGUCAAGUCAAGCCACAGCCUUUCUGCCAUCGAGCUGGCCAGUCGUGGCUCUGCUGGCGCAACUUCGGGUCCAGCCCGCUUAUCGUUCUUGCCGCGACAUCCUUCGAUGCAGCCCAAGCUUGUCCAUGCAUCGCUUCGCGCCUUUGCGGGUGUUCUGUUCAGCCCUCUGCCAUCCAAGGCGCUGUACACCGUCAUGGUCCUCCUCCAGCCGCUUCUUGUACAAGAGACGCUCGACUUCAUCAGCUCUUACUCUGACCCAGCUAAGGAGCCCAAACCAGCAGCGUACGGAUAUGGCAUCGCGGGGGCGUUCUUCCUUCUCUUCUUGCUGCUCGCACUGUCCCAGGGGCAUUUUACCUUUUCCAUCUACAAGACGACGUGUAAGCUGCGCGGUGCACUCGUGCAGGCAGUGUACGACAAGACGCUCGUGCUCUCGGUCGAUGCACUUCAGGACACGGACACGCCUUCGCCCACUGUGAUGCAGUCGGUCGACAUCGAGCGCAUCGUCGGAGGUCUCGAUCCGUUCCACGAAAUCUGGAGCGCCGUGGUGAUCAUCAUCGUGGCUCUCUAUUUGCUCUGGCAGCAGAUCGGUCCAGCUCUGGUGGCGACGAUCGUUGCUCUGGCUGCGCUAUUUGCUUCGAUCCCACUCAUGACCAAGGACGCCAAAGUGAAUCAAGAAAGGUGGAGCAAGCUGACCGAUGAGCGCACGAGCCUCACCUCGGCCGCCAUCAAUGCCAUCAAGGCGGUCAAACAGUCUGCGCUCGAGGGCUUCCUGAUCGCCAAGCUCGUCAACAUCCGUAAACGUGAAGUCAAGGCGCUCGUCAGCUACGUGGCGAACCUGCUCUGGAUCUCGCUGCUCGGAAAUGUCGCUGGCGACAUUCUUCUGCUAGCCACCAUCACGACGUUCGCCGUGAUCUCGGCUUUGCACCACAACGAAACGCGGUAUCCUUUCAAUACGACCACGGUCUUCACUACGAUCACCAUCAUCCGUAUCAUCGAACGGCCGUUGUUCAUCAUCGGCCGAAGGUAUGCGAGUGUCAUCUCGGCGGUCACCUCGCUCAAGCGGCUGCAGACAUUCUUGCUGCUUCCCGAGCAGACGCCAGGCGAGACUGCUACGACGUGGUCCCCUCCCACGGAGAAGGUCGCGCUAGCAGCUUCCGCCGCAGCCGUGUUCGAAGGCGCGUCGCUUGCCUGGAAGACAAAGGCGUCCGCACAUCCUACCUCGAUCUCGGGUCCGGAAACAGAGACAAACAGCGUCGAGUCCUCAGAGGAUGCUCAGACUGGCAGCAAAGCGGCUCGCGAAGGACCGGUGCUGUCCGACUUGACGCUGACUCUGCCGCGUGGCAAGCUCAGCGUGCUCGUUGGCGAAGUUGGCACCGGCAAAACAUCGCUGCUUUGUGCGCUGAUGGGCGAGCUGUCUGUCGUCGAGGGCACGGUAACGCUGCCUCUGCGUGCGGAGCCGGUGGCCUAUGUGAGCCAGGAUCCCUGGACGCAAGGCGAGCGCAGCAUCAAAGAGAACGUCGUCUUCUACCGACCCUUCGAUGAAGAUCGAUACCAACAGGCGCUGCUUGCUUGCGGGCUAGUCGUCGAUGUGCAGCAGCUGCCCAAAGGCGACGGUACGCUUGCCAAGCAUCUGAGCGGAGGACAAAAGCAACGUGUGGCGCUCUGCCGCGCUGUGUAUGCCGAUGCUCCCACGUGUAUUUUGGACGACGUACUGUCUGCUGUCGAUGCCACCACCGCAGCAAGCAUCAAUCUCGCACUGUUCUCGCGACAGACUGGCUUGCUACGCGGCAAGACGAUCGUCAUGGUGACGAACUCGGUGCAGCAGAUGCAGCUUGCCGAUCACAUUGUGCAGAUGGCUGGCAACGGUUGUGCCAAGAUGCUGCACGGCGAGGUUCAGACGGUGCUGCAGCUAGCCGACACGAUUGAUUCGGUGCGUCGCAAGUCGGAAGAGGUGCAGGAUGACGAGGGCCCCAAUGGCGAGAGUUCUGCGGCUGCUGAGAUCCGAGCGGCGGCGGCAAAGGAGCGCAAGAUGCUCGAGAUGGAAGAAGAGCAGGAGGAGGUGAUGACGGGUCGCAUCAAGUUUUCCGUGCUCAAGCGCUACUUCGGCGCGGCUGGCUGGUGGGUGUCGCUGUCGUAUCCGCUUGCGCUGACGAUCCAAACGGGCGCUGCCAACGGCCAGCUCCUCUGGCUGCAGGCGUGGGCGCAAGACAUUUCUCCCGCCACGCUGCGAGGCUCGAUUGCUCUUCACGUGGGUAUUCUUGCGCUCUUGGCAUUUCUGCGAUUCACUAUGUACGGCGGAUCGCUGGUGAUCUACCUCAAGGCAUUCUGCCCUCGGAUCUCGCUCAAGCUGCAUCACGACGAGCUGGUGGGCCUUCUGCGAUCGGGCGCCGAGUGCUUCCUCAACCUGAAUCCCGGUCGGAUGAUCAAUCGGUUCACGCAGGACAUCUAUUCGCUCGACUUUCAGAUCUGCGCAUACGUGGUCAACGUAUACUUUUUCAUCAUCGAGGUGGGCUUUAGCAUCGUGCUGAUGGCGCUGCCUGCGCCGUUUUUGCUGGGAGUGGUGGCUGCGAUGGCGGUGCUGUACUAUGGCAUCUAUGCGCUGUACAGCCCUUCUUCGCGACAGCUGCGUCGGCUGGAGAUGGCGACCAAGAGCCCGCUGCACGCGCAAUUCAAGGACACGGCGGAUCUGCAGGGCCUGAUGACGAUCCGGGCGCUGGGCAUGCAGCGGUUCUUCUCGGAUGCGACGUCGACGCUGCUCGACACGUCGCAGCGGCCGUACUACUCGCUGUGGACGGUCCGCGUGUGGCUGCAAACGUGGCUGAAUCUGCUGGCCAUGGUGCUCAACACGGCGCUGGUGCUGAUCGCGGUGAGUCUGCGACACAAGUCGAACGCAGGACUUUUGGGCGUGGCGCUCAUCCAGGCGAUCUCGAUCUCGAGCGAUCUCAACGGGCUGAUGAGUGCGUGGACGGAGCUGGAGAUCGGUAUGGUGGCGCUGGAGCGCAUCGAGCAGGUGAUCACCAUCGCUGCGGAUCCCAAGGACGACCGCAACAAGCUUCGAGAGAUGGCGAGUGUCAAACGAGGUCAGGCUUCGGGAGGGGCUGACCGGGCGGUGCCUGCCGUCAGCGUGCGCUUUGAGAACGUCACUGUGGGCUACGGUGGCAGUGAUGGGCCGAUGUCAUUGCGCGGGGUCAGCUUCUCACUCCAGCCAGGCGAGCGGCUCGGGGUGUGCGGCCGCAGCGGUUCGGGCAAGAGCACCAUGUUAUUGUCGCUGUUGCGCAUCCUGGAGCCUGCGGCGGGCCGCAUCUUGGUGGACGAGGCGGACGUGGCGACGAUGACGGGCGACUCGGUGCGUCGCAACAUCUCGUACAUCCCGCAGGAGCCGAUGAUGCUGCCAUCGCUGACGGUGCGCGAAAACCUCGACCCAGAGGGCGAGCACACGGACGACGAAGCGUACUGGAACGUGCUGCGGCAGACAUCGAUGUACGGGGCGAUCUCCCAGCUGGACAAGGGCCUGGACGAGACGAUGGACCUGCAGUCGCUGAGCAUGGGCCAGAAGCAGCUUCUGAAUGUGGCGCGUGCGCUGCUCAAGCGGCGCGGGCUGCUUGUGAUGGACGAGGCGACGUCGAAUCUCGACGCCGAGACAGACGCUCAGAUCCAACUCGCACUCGCUAGCUUGGCUUCCGGCGAGACACAGUCUCGCGCUGCGGCGAAGAAGGCCGUUCGGGCCAACGAACCCGAUGGGUCGGUGGCGGGGAGACCGACGACAAUCACGAUCGCGCACAGGUUGUCGACGAUCAUGGACUACGACAAGAUUCUGGUGCUGGGCAACGGGGAGGUGCUCGAGUUUGGCAACCCGUCGGAACUGCUGCAGCGCGAGCAUGGCGAGUUCCGAGCCAUGGUCGAGGAGCAGAACAAGAACGUUGCGUAG